CUCAACCGCCACUGGCAGCCAUGGCCAUGCACAGCAAGAAGAAGUUCCGCCGCUCUCCGUCGGUCACGUCGUCGUCCUCGGACUCGUCGGACUCCUCGUCGUCCUCCUCUUCCUCGUCUUCGUCCAGUUCCGACGGUGAGGACUCGGACGUGUGCACCACCUCCAAGGGCCCGCGUUUCCCUCCCGUCCCUGCCCCCGUUUACCCUCCGAAGGUGGAGCGCGCAGUCUACAGCGCCAAGAAGAAGCACCGAUCAGACAUCGACCCGGAGGCUUGGAACCGCGAAGGGUUCGCGGGAUCCAAUGUGUGCGACUUGCCGCUGGACGAGUCCAACCCCAUUAAGCGCGAGCACUGCAGCGAACUGAGUGUGAAAAGGUUCAUUGACGAGUACGAGCUUCCGGAGGUGCCAGUGGUAAUUGACGGCAUCCCGGAGGCUGAAGGAUGGGGCGCUGUGAAGCACUGGUCGCUCAAGAAGCUGCGCAAGAAUUACAAGCGCGUGAUGCUCAAAUGCGGUGAGGACGAUAAUGGCAAGACCAUCCGCAUGAAGUUCAAGUACUUUAUGACGUACUUGAACCACCAGACGGAUGAUAGUCCCCUGUAUAUCUUCGAUAGCACUUUUGACGACCACAAGGACACCAAGCCCCUGCUCGACGACUACAAAGUCCCGAAAUACUUUCCCGAGGACCUGUUUUCGCUUGUUGGAGAGGACCGACGACCGCCGUACCGCUGGUUCCUCGUCGGACCCAAGCGUUCAGGAACUACGCUGCAUUUGGACCCGCUUGGUACGAGUGCGUGGAACACGCUGCUCGUAGGGCGCAAGCGUUGGGUGCUGUUUCCGCCGCACCUUCCCAAGAACCUUGUCAACGGCAAGAAACACGUUCGUGGGAACGAAGACGACGAGGCUGUCAACUACUUCAUGGAUCUACUGCCUCGCCUGAAGCGCGCCAGUCCGCCGGAGACUCUGCAGUGCAUCGAGUUUAUGCAAUAUCCCGGGGAGACGGUCUAUAUCCCUGGAGGCUGGUGGCACGCAGUGUUUAACGUGGACGACACCGUGGCUGUCACGCAGAACUACUGCAGCUCGCAGAACUUCCCCGCCGUGUGGCGCAAGACGCGUAGCGGCCGCAAGCGCAUGACGGUCAAGUGGCUGAAGAAGCUCGAAACUCACAACCCGGAACUGGCAGCCUUGGCGACGGAGCUCAACCAAAAGGACAAGUACGUCAUGUACAGCAAAGAGCCCAGUAGCUGGAAGUCGUCGUCGUCGUCCAGCUCGCACAAGAGGAAAAAGAAGAGCAGUGACAGCGAGGACGAGCUACGCGAGCCGUCAAAAGACACGCACAGCGGGAAGAAGAAGAAGAAAUGCUGCUGCUGA